AUGCAUUCGACACUUGACGAGGCUGAUUUUGUCUCUAGCUGUAUUAUUGGCGGUCUUAAUAAUGGAAAAUAUCAACGUCGAACCAAGAAUAGAAUUUUCGUCAACAGAAGUCUUCGCUUAGAUAAAAUAAGAUAUUUCGGCUUCGAUAUGGAUUAUACUCUUGCAACCUACAAAUCACCACAAUACGAGGCACUUGCUUUUCAACUAUUGCGUGACAGAUUAAUUGAGUUUGGAUAUCCCCAAGAAUUAUCUAAAUUUGAAUAUGAACCUUCUUUUCCUGUUCGUGGUCUUUGGUUUGAUCAACAAUUUGGAACUCUUUUAAAAAUCGAUCAAUACGGUAAUAUUCUCAUGUGCCUAUUGGGUUUUAAUACAUUGCCAAGUGAAAAGAUCAGUGAACUAUAUCCCAAUCAAUUUAUUAAAUUCGAGAAAGACAGAACUCAUGUUAUGUCUACACUAUUUGAUCUUCCUGCCCCAGAAAUUUAUCUCCUGGCUUGUAUUAUUCAUUACAUGCAAAAAAAUGACGACUACAUCAAAGAACCUACGGGAGUUAAAUAUCAAUCCCUAUAUAUAUCCUACAAAUCAAUUCUUCAGGAUGUUGAAGAGGCCAUGAAUUGGAUGCAUAAUGGAGAGUUAAAACGGCGAACGAUUGAAAAUAUUGAAGUGUACAUUGAAAAAAAUCCAAAAUUGCUGCUACUUCUGGAUAAACUUAAAACAGAAACUACCAACGUGUUCCUUUUGACAAAUAGUGAUUAUCAUUAUUCUAACGCUGUCAUGUCAUAUCUCUGCGAUCUACCUGACAAAGAUGUAAGUUUCUAUGUGGCUGUUGUUUGA